AAGAGGAGAAAAAAUGGGGCCAUAACAUCCUUAAAGUGGAGCUGUGCGAGGGGGUGUGAGGAAGGAAGGCGAGGGCGGCGGAGCGAGCUAAUACUCUGACCUCAGCUACUCUUUGCUCCCGCAGCUAGCGCUCGGCCCCCGCCCUCUCUCCCCUUUCCGGACCCCCCACCCGGGAGACCAGAGGGCCGCGCCGGGGAGGAGGUGGCUGGGCUCUGAGCUCGCGUUCAUUCCCUGCUGCUUUUCUGGUCCUUGGCCUCCUCACCCCUCCUCCCUCCUCCCCAGCCCGGAUUUGGAAGCGAUUCCCCUCUAGUGACUGAGCCGAUUGCAUCUGGGAGAGCAGCGCUCGCCUCCCUCGCGUCUUUGUCUCCUCCUCCUCCAACAAGACUCCCGGGCCCAGCGCAGGGUCUGCAGCCGCAGCCGCAGCAGUGGAACCCAGCGGUGCCUAGUCAGGCCGCCCGGGGCCGCACCCUCUCGCGGCGGAGCGCUGGAGGACGCCUGCCCAGCCACGCACUGCCCGCGGCCCGCGCCGGGGUCGCCGCGCACCAACGCCGCCGCCUCCACCCGGGAACCAGCCCGCCCCACCCGCCGGAGGUGGGCAGCCGGGGUAGCCGCCAGGUGGGGAUAGCGGCUGCUGCAGCCCUGGCAGCGCGCACACCUCCGAGCCAGCGCACCCAACGCCUCCUCCCAGCGCUACGAGGAUGGAGCAGCCACCCAGUCCGGGAUUGGCGCAAGGUAUCCAAGCAAGGACUGGAACAAUGAAGCCACACGCGUGUUAGUCACAACCUUUUGAACCUCUUCAGAAGGAAACCAACAGUGUAGACAAGGCUGGACCCUUCGCGCGCUUGCUUGUUGGAGUAUAUGAGGAAUGGACCUGUGAUUAUGCUGACAUUCCAGCAUGAAUCUGGUAGACCUGUGGUUGACCCGUUCCCUCUCCAUGUGUCUCCUCCUACAGAGCUUCGUUCUGAUGAUACUGUGCUUUCACUCUGCCAGUAUGUGUCCCAAGGGCUGUCUUUGUUCCUCUUCUGGGGGGUUAAAUGUUACCUGUAGCAAUGCAAAUCUCAAGGAAAUACCUAGAGAUCUUCCCCCUGAAACAGUUUUAUUGUAUCUGGACUCCAAUCAGAUCACAUCUAUCCCCAAUGAGAUUUUUAAGGACCUCCAUCAACUGAGAGUUCUCAACCUGUCCAAAAACGGCAUUGAGUUCAUAGAUGAGCAUGCUUUCAAGGGAGUAGCUGAAACUUUGCAGACUCUGGACUUGUCUGACAACCGCAUUCAAAGUGUGCACAAAAAUGCCUUCAAUAACCUGAAGGCCAGGGCCAGGAUCGCCAACAACCCCUGGCACUGUGACUGUACUCUCCAGCAAGUUCUGAGGAGCAUGGCCUCUAACCACGACACAGCUCACAAUGUGAUUUGUAAGACAUCGGUUUUGGACGAGCACGCCGGGAGACCAUUUCUCAAUGCUGCCAAUGAUGCUGACCUUUGUAACCUCCCUAAAAAAACUACUGAUUACGCCAUGCUGGUCACCAUGUUUGGCUGGUUCACCAUGGUGAUCUCCUACGUGGUGUAUUAUGUCAGGCAAAAUCAGGAGGAUGCGCGGAGACACCUUGAAUACUUGAAAUCCCUGCCAAGCAGGCAAAAGAAAGCAGAUGAACCCGACGACAUUAGCACUGUGGUAUAAGGUCCAGGCUGACUGACGCUGAGAACAAAAUAUGUUUUGCUAUUUGCUGUAGAAUAAGUGGUUUACUUCUCCCACCCAUUGUAAACAUUUAAAACUUUGUAUCGAAACUUCUUUUGAAUCAUGCCACUGUCAAACUUUUAACAAAGGUGACAACAUAACAAAUACUUUUAGUUUAGGUGAUCCACCCUUGAAUUGUACCCCCGGUGGUAUAUUCCUGAGUAAGCUACUAUCUGAAUAUUAGUUAGAUCCAUCUCACUAUUUAAUAAUGAAAUUUAUUUUUUUAAUUUAAAAUCAAAUAAAAGCUUAACUUUGAACCAUGGAAA